UUUGGUAAUCAAAAAUCUGUCACCUAAUGACAUUUGUAAGAACCAUGGACAUCUUUACCAUAUCAAAAUAAUAUUUUCACAUUAAAAUAAUAUGUUAACAAUGGCCCCGUUCGCAAUAUGUUUACUCGACUAAGUUAAGAAGGAUGUUUUUCUCAUCAACCAUGCAACCUAAUUUUUUCUACGGUGCUGGACCUCAAAAUACCGUACCAUAUACACACUUUCAGCCACCUGUGCAGAGCAACGUACAAAGUCCAGAAAUUAUAGGGGAGGGAGAUGUAACAUCUGUUGUCCUUCCCAACGGUAGUGUUCAGUAUUUCUUUAUCCCAACAAUAAAACGCGAUGUGUGGACACCUUGCGCGUACACUCCCCCCACGAUGAACGUGAAUUGGAACAUACCUUCGCAAGCCUGGUUUAUAAGGAAUAUAUCAAACCCGAUAACGCCAUCUUUCUGUUCCGGUCAGCAAUAUUUAAGACCAUAUGCGGAACCUUUUAUUGCAAACAUAAUGCCUACCGAUUGUAAUACAAACACGCCUGCUUUAGGUUACACCAACAUGUUCCACUACGAUAGAUGUACUUCGACCUCAGACCUUCAAUAUUUUUAUCCAAGAGUACUUUCGCGCCAUCAACAAACCACCGAUGUGAAAGUUAAGUCGCUUCGCAAACCAAUCUGUCUCUUCGAUCUCGCUUGUGACAAGCCGUGCCCCUGCGGCGUCGUCAGCGGAACCAAAUACUACCAAGAUGAAUCCGAGAAGGAACCGGAGCACGUGUCAAGCGCCAUGUCUAUCGAGGGAGUGGAACGCAAAGUUAGCUGCGAAUGCCCGCCCAAGGAUAAAUCAUUAGGUAAAAGUGUAAUCACAUUACGAGAUUCAAGCUUUGAGGAAGAUAGCGAAGAGAUAACGGUCGCUGAAAAAAAUAAAAUACACGAAAGCAGCAAAAUGAAGUCUUUGGAAAAGGAAAAGAAUAAUUCGACGAGCAAAUCGAAAGCCAAAAAUUUCAAGAUAGGUAGAAAGCCAUCUCCCGUUGAAAUAAACAUAAAAGACACACCCAGUCAACGUGAUUCAAAAAACCUGAGAAAAUCGAGAUAUUAUAAAUUGGAAAAGAGCGAGGAGUCGAGUAGCUCUGAGAAAGAAAAGGUCGGCACCGAUGAGCUAAAGCUAAAAAAACAGGUAAAAGAUGAGAAGGAAAAGAAAAAGCGUGAGAAAUGUCAAUGCGAGGAAGAUAGCGACUCAGACUCGAAACCGGCGGAGAAGGAAGAGAAACGCAGUUGCUGUUGCACAAGGAAGCGGUACAAGGGUGUGGCGAGCUAUAAGGACAAGGAGAAGGCGGAGAAUCAGCUAUCGCUGAUCGAAAUCGUGGGGCACUGCGACGGCAGCUGCUGCUGCAGCCAGUGUGCUGCCAACGGCGCGCCCCAGCCACAGACAAAGUCACGAAAAUAAAACAAAUGUCAUUAUUCGUACAUUCUUAUCAUACAUUUUAUCCCUUAGUGUUACAUGUAUUUACAUAUUUAAAGAAAAAUGGUACAAUAAUAAACGACUCGAAACAGAUUUCGGAUUCAUUGACAACUUGUAAGACAUCGUAGACUUGUAAUAAUUGCGCCGACAAGUGUAUAAGCUACUCGGGAUUAAUACGACUCUUUUGUGUGCGUUAAAAUAAUAAACAAGAUUAUAGUAUAUUCAAAAUUUGAUACUAUAACAGUAGUUGUCUACCGCCGAAAGACGCCAUUACAUAUUGCUAUCUUUUUCAUAGAAAAUGAGUGGAAUGAAAAUAUAUGUAUUAUUCAUCAGUCUAUGGUAAAUCAGGUAAAGACACAAAUAAAUUUAAUAAAAAAAGGUAUUACAAAACU